GCUCAAAUGAAUCAUAUUUGACUAAAAUGUAUGAUAAAACUUUGUUGUAUUAUUCAGCGUAUAUUUUCUACGAUUUUUAAAACAGUAAAUAAGGGUAGUGGGACUCCCCGGUCUACUUAUUUGAUACAUGUUCAUGCGCACUGCUGUCCGUGAUCGAAUUUUCCUGCGCAGUGAAGUGUGUGUUUCAGUUGUGACAAAGCAAUCAGUGUCAGGACGGGUACCCAUACAGACUACCAGACUAAAAGUCAUGAAAAGCUGUCUUUUAUGCUUGUUAGCAGUAGGUUGGUUUGUCCACUACACAACAGCUGAUUUGCCGAAAUGCCGAGGACUAAAGAGCGCCAAUCACAACAGAGCUUACUGUUACGAGGUGGCCACCUAUAUGGACUGUACAGAAACGUGUACAGAACUUCUACUAGCGGAUCAGUAUGUGACGGCUGAUUGUCCAUGGGGUAAUUAUGCCCAUGUUAUCACAGCUGCCAUGGACAACCAUUGCCAGGGAAUAAUCACAUUGGACAAAUGUGAAAUGUUCUGCAGUAAAACCCCAACAGCUGCUACCAAUAGAGUAGUGGGCUGGAAUUGCUGUAAAUCCUGUGUAGAAGUAUGUGGACGAGUCCCGUCACGUGACGUUAACUUCGAGGACCGAUAUCCAGGACUAUAUCCCAGAGUACCGUGAAGUUCAUAAUCUUACUCAUACAUGAUGGCUAUCUAACGACACUAAUGGCCAAUUCCACGCUCCUUGAAGACUUAUUUUGAUGUUGAAUAUGUUUGCAGACAAGCUCUCUUUAAAACUAUGUACACAUGUAAUUACAUAAUAACAUACAUGUAUACAGUGUAUAGUAUAAAAUUUUGCACCACAUUAGCAUUAUUCCUUUGGAUAGUGUACAUACUCUUCCAUAAAGAUAUAUAAUUCAUAAUUUGGCAUAUUUACAUGUAUCUAUAUGCAUUCAUUUUUUUUGCUUUGUUUUGUUUUGUUUUGUUUUUGUUGCUAGAGCAGAGAAAAAUACGGUUCCAAAAUAUAUGAACCAAGAAAAAUAACUUUAUUAUAUUAAUUGAUAUAAUGAUAUAAAUUGAUAUUGAAACACAUACUGGUUGCUCUUAUUCUUCAAAAGGUAUUUUAAUAAAUGUCUAUAUAG